UCGUUUCUUUCACUUUCACAUGCAUUUGCUUUUCAACCGGCAGAAUUUGCUCUGAUCUCUCUCUCUCUCUCUCUCUCUCUGUGGAAGGAAAUCCUGGCCUUCUCUCUAAACUCGAUCUUUCCACUGAUUUUGCUGAAGAAGGUCCGGUGUUUCUUGUUUCAACCCUGUCAUGGAUGGUAUCUGUUCCCCUGUUUCUUCUUCUGUAAUGUGUCAUAUACGUGUAUAUUGGGCAUUGACAUAAUUCUCUGAUAGCGUCUUGAACUUACGAUGCUGAUUUAUUGUAGCAUAUCUGCUCACGCAUGCCUCCAUGCCGGUUCGAUCUGAAUUGUUGCUUUACUGGUCUUAUGAUGCUGAUUUAUUGUACAUACUCUGUUCACGCAUGCCAGCGUGCCGAUCUUGAAAUGUUACUUUACUGAUUAAGCCAAAUUAAAAAAAAAAUUAAUGCGUUUCUGUUACUUUACUGAUUAGGCCAAAAGAAUUAAAAUGAGUGCGUUUCUGUUAAGGAAUGAUGGGGAGUUAUCGUUCUUCAAUAAAUAGAGCAUUCAAGUUGAUUUUCUUUUGCUGAACAAGCAAUUAAAGGCAUAGAACGUUACAUGAACUAACUGAAAGUUCACGGAUUAUGAACAUUUUAAAACAGUUAGCUUUUUGAACCGUAUGAUAUACCUCAUGCUUGUCCAAUGAUGCAUGGAGAUUCCGUACAAGGAAGAAGCAGGAGCAGCUAUGAGAACGGCGACAAUGGAACAUCGUUCCUUCAGCUAGUGCUCGCACUGGGUUCUGAAAACUUCAUGGGUACAUUAGCUCUUAUUCUCGCCUUUGGAUCGAUUUCUUGUGGCUUUGGCUUUGUGAUUGUCUUCGGAGACUCCGGGUUUUUCAGUGUCUGCGAUUAUGGAGCCGUCGGUGAUGGCGUUACAGAUGAUACGGGAGCAUUUCUUGAAGCUUGGCAGGCUACAUGCAGCACGCAAUUCGAGAAUCCGACCAUGAUCAUUCCAGAUAAUUACACAUUUCUGGUACAUCAGCUUACAUUCAGCGGGCCAUGCAAUGCCAAAAAAAUCACAUUCCUGGUAUUAGGGAAUAUAAACGCACCUACCUCGCCUAGAGCAUGGACGGAUCUCGACCCUAGCUCCUGGAUGACAUUCCAUGGUAUAGAUCAGCUUCGUGUUAGCGGUUUCGGUACAAUUGAUGGACAGGGAUCAAAGUGGUGGAAUCAAUCCUGCAGAUAUCAUCCACAUUUGGAAGGAUGCACUUCUCUGGCACCGACAGCUAUGAAAUUCCUUUCGUGCAGUGCGAGCAGUCUAAACAAUAUAAAACUUGUAAACAGUCCACAAACCCAUGUAUUAAUUAGGGGAUGUCGCUUCUUUGACAUCGGCAAUUUGUUGAUUGAAGCUCCGGGGACGAGCCCUAACACCGAUGGCAUUCACAUUCAAUCCUCACAGCAUGUGUCCAUCGCAAAUGCAGUCAUUGGAACUGGUGAUGAUUGUAUAUCCAUUGGAGACUAUACUUCGAAUAUUUAUGUCUCGUCUGUCACAUGUGGACCUGGCCAUGGUGUAAGCAUUGGAAGUCUUGGCCGAAGAGGGAAUUUCGUUCAAGUUGAGAACAUUCAUGUGAGCAAUGUACAAUUUAAGCAUACUACAAACGGUGCUCGAAUCAAAACAUGGCAGGUCGGGAAGGGAUAUGUACGAAGAAUCACUUUCGAGCAUCUUAAAUUUGACUCAGUUAAGAACCCCAUUAUCAUUGAUCAAAACUACUGUUCCAUCCGGGGAGCAUGCAAAGAAAUGCCAACUGGAGUUCACAUAAGUAACGUGGCAUAUGUCGGCCAAUCGGGGACUUCGAGCACAGAUGUCGCUAUUAAUUUGAAUUGCAGUCGGAGCGUCGCGUGCACAAGAAUAGUACUUGAAUCAAUAGAACUGAUGUCUGCAAAUAUGGAUAGGCAAGUUACAUCCAGUUGCCUCAAUGCACACGGGAACGCCAUUGGAGUGAGAGCUUCCCGUGUAUCCUCAGGAGUUGUGCGGUGAAAGUUGUCUGGGUUGUCUCUAUAUGGAGCCAUUUCUUGCUGAAAGUGCUUCUCUGCACUGGCACUUUCUUUCUGCACAUCCAUGUUUCUGCAUUAUUUUGUGAUUGUAUAUUCUGAAUCACGAUAGCUGAGCUUAGGAAUCAAUACCAUACAAGAGCCCAGACAAGAGUUGAUAGUGAUGGAUUUGGCUAACGUGUUCUCGGAAAACCCGACGGGAGGAUGGUCCCGACGGUAAUGGAGAAGGGAGAAAUGACAUUUGGACAACGGAGUCAGGCGGUUUUAUCUCUGGUGGUACUAAUAAUCUGUAAUGACCUAGUAGAAUUUUGCAUAAGCAUGGCGUAUGAAAACCGAAAUCUCCUUUAGUGUUGGCUCGUUAUGCCCAAUUGAUAAGUCCCCACCCUUAUUGGAUCGAAUACGGGCCUAGCCCAUUUAUGAA